AUGCCCUUAAUUGUCUUUGGAGAUGGGCUUGCAGACAAGUCAAGUGUCAGAUUUCGCAGUUUCCGGCAUGGAGUACCCGAGAAAGCUUACAAGCAUCUUCUCGUAAAGCAAAAGAUCGGAGAAGUGUACCUUUUGGACACCAAUGAAUUUAACACGGAUGCCAUAGCGGCAAGAAACAUACUCUAUAUUGUGGAGGAAAUUUGGAGCGGCAAUGGUAGGCCAGAAAUGUUUACUCCUCAACCAAGACCAAGACCAAAUACAGCAACAACAACAAUAACAACAACAACAACAACAAAAAGCGCCACAAUGAACGUGGUUGCUCCUCACUCCGGUGGGCGAACUUAA